GAAUAUUGAAUAGUUAACGAUCACUAGUCGAUACUCAAACAACCAUGGUGUACAACACCUCGCUGGAAGCAUACCGGGAUAUUAUCAAACUGGCUCGGAGAAUGGCAAGUUUCUGCGGAGUUGACCUGCUGGCAGACAAUUACAAGCCUAACUGGAGAACUGCAUUGACGUUUGCCGGUUGCAUCAGCUAUUUGUUCACCAGUGCCUAUAGCGCCUGGUACUAUUACCCGGAUGUGUACAAAAUUCUCCAGGCUCUGGCGCCCAACGGAAUGGCCUGGCAAGGUUGCUUGAAGCUGUAUAUUGCAGUGACCCAUCGGCGGUUUUUUCAAGGACGAGCAAAUUACUUGGACGAUUUCCACCAAAAUCACGUCAAUCGUCCUGCUGAUAAUGCCGUACUUCUGGCGUUAAUGCACAAGAUGCACCUUGCUUGCAGAUUGCUCCUUUCGGCGUACAUCACGGCCAUUCUUGGAUUUGGGUUGUACCCGGUGUAUUUCUAUGUGAUGUACGGAGAGAGAAGCUUCGCAAUCGACGUGUUGGUGCCGGGUAUUGAUCCAGAAUCUCAGUGGGGAUACUUUGUGACAGUGUUCUACCAAUUUUUUCUGUUGGCGAUCGCUAUGGCUGGCAUAUCUGCUUUCGAUACUACUUUUCUGAUUUUCGUGUCGAAUUUAGCAGGGUUGGUGGAUGUUUUCAAGAACAAGCUGAGAGAGUUGGACAGCUUAUUGGAGCAGAAAAAGGUUGGAUUGUUUGAGGUAGAGGAGCUUGUACGAGACAUUUUGAAAGAUCACUACGAAAUCGUUAGUUAUGAAUCUGACUUGGAUAAUCGAUAUAUUGCCGUAAACUUGAUGCAAGUAGGAUCAUCGGUGGCAUGCCUAAGUAUAUCGCUAUUUCUAUGUUACAUGACAAACUACCUGCCAGGAUAUGCUUUCAUUCUGGGAGCCGUGUUCCAGCUACUCUCCUAUUGUCUUCUUGGGACCAUAUUUAGCGUAAAAAACGAUGAAGUCAUACUGGCAAUCAAUGGAACCAAGUGGUAUUUGCUGGAAAAAGCUCAGCUCAAAAUGGUAGGAUUCAUGCUUCACAGAUGCCAGAACCCAUCCAAUCUCACAGUUGGAGGUUUUGCACCACUGAACAUCGAGACAUUUGUAGAGAUUAUGAAAACAAUUUACCAAUUCUUUGCUAUGAUGAUCAACUUUGUUGAUUAAAUGAGCUGCAUUCAAAAGUGUACCUCCUAACAUAUCACCACAUGUCUUUAUAUAAUCGUUAUCCGAACCAUCUUAAAUAAACUACUUAUAACACCAACUCAGCGAAGUUCACGGUUUAGAAUGAUUCAACGACAGGCAAAAAACA